GUUGCCGUGGCGCUAGCAGUCCUAAUGGCAGUGUACGUGGCCAAACUACGGCGGAAGGAGACACGCUUUGGGGAAGCGUUUGAGCCCAUGAUGGAGAGUGGAGAGCUGGUGGUGAGGUACAGAGCACGACGUACAUACAGCCGCAGGACCACUGAGGCCACAUUGAACACCCUGGGCAUCAGUGACGAGCUGAAACAUAAGCUGCAGGAUGUGAUGGUGGACAGACAUAAACUAACCCUGGGAAAGACUCUGGGAGAGGGAGAGUUUGGCUCUGUGAUGGAGGGAGCAUUAACGCACGAGGAGUCUGUUCUCAAAGUGGCCGUGAAGACCAUGAAGAUUGCUAUCUGUACUCGCACUGAGAUGGAAGACUUCCUGAGAGAAGCUGCUUGUAUGAAGGAGUUUGACCAUCAGAACGUCAUGAGACUGCUAGGUGUGUGUCUACAGACAGUAGAGAGUGAAGGUUACCCCUCCCCUGUGGUCAUCCUGCCCUAUAUGAAACACGGAGACCUACACAGCUACCUGCUCUACUCACGCCUGGGAGACUGCCCCGUGUACCUGCCGUCUCAGAUGCUGGUGAAGUUCAUGGUGGAUAUCGCCAAGGGGAUGGAGUAUCUCAGCAGAAACAACUUCAUCCACAGAGACCUGGCUGCAAGGAACUGCAUGCUGAAUGAGAACAUGAACGUGUGUGUUGCUGACUUCGGCCUUUCUAAGAAGAUAUAUAACGGAGACUACUACCGCCAGGGUCGCAUCUCUAAGAUGCCCGUCAAAUGGAUCGCCAUCGAGAGCCUGGCGGACCGCGUCUACACCACCAAGAGUGAUGUGUGGUCAUUUGGUGUGACUAUGUGGGAGAUAGCAUCGCGAGGCCAGACUCCGUACCCAGGUGUGGAGAACAGUGAGAUAUAUGACUACCUGAGACAAGGAAACCGUCUCAAACAACCUCCAGACUGUCUGGACAGCAUUUAUUCCCUGAUGUUCUCCUGCUGGUUCUUGAGUCCUAAGGACCGUCCUCUGUUUGAGACUCUACGCGGGGAGCUGCAGAAGGCUCUCGAGGACCUGCCGGACUCCCAGGACCCAGAUGAGAUCCUCUACGUCAACAUGGAGGAGUCGAUGGAGCUGGGGGCCGUGGGGGGACGCGACCCGGCCGGGGGCCUGAAGGGCUUGGACUCUGUGGCCACGGUGGAGGUGCACCACACUCAUCCUAGCCGCUAUGUCCUCUGUCCCCAACACGACACCAACCGCCUGCACUCUGACUCCCUGGAGAGUCUCAACCUGGUGUCCUCCUCCUCCGCCACGCUGCCCCUGGGGACAACCCUACAACCCUCCGGCUGCUCCACCCCGACAAGCACGGCAGAGGUACAGGAGGACAGGGGAGGGCCCAGGAGGGUACCCUGGUAG